CCCAGAAUCCUAUCUGGAACUAGCCCCUCCUCCUCCUCGUCACGUUGCCUGGUUACCUGGCGUCCUAAGCAAAGGGGUACGCCUUCGUCUGCGUUUGGAUCACCGCGACAACCGGGGACGGGGCUGCUGGCAGCUGGUGGACUUGGAGGCGGAGUCACAGCAAGUUGGGCGGAGGCUGAGGAGCAGCCCCCCCAACACCUGCGCUCAAAGUCUGAUGAGUACGUUAUCUGCCAGCUCAGAAAUGCAGACCCCUUCGCUCGGCCCCCAGUUUUCAGCGGGGUCCCAGGGUAAGGUACCUGGCAGGAAGAGAGGACGGCCUCCGAUCCGCAAACUGGAGUUCCAGAGUCACUACGUUGAAGAUAUGUCGCCUCUCAAAGUCCCGAAGAAGAGAGGCAGGAAACCGGGCUUCAAGCUGAAGCCCAGGAUGGUGAUGUCCCCACUCGCUAACUCCCCCCCCGGCAACACCCCAGAGCCUGAGAUGGGCUCCCUCCCCCAGGACGCUGCCAUCGUCCCCCACUCUGCCACCCCACAAGCUCUCACAGCGGAAACGUCCAUGCCUGAUGACUUCCUAUGCGACCCACCAAUGGACUCCAAGCGUUAUGCUGUUGAUCCCAGUGACUCUGCCUUCAAUGUCAUGACAUCCCAGUACCCACCAAAGCGGUCCUAUAGUUACCGUGGCAGCAGUUGCUCUACCCCGAUGGGCCUGUGCAGACAAGCAUCAAGCCCAGGAAGCUUCCAGGAAGUCAACAGGAAUGCUUACACUCCAGACUCCGCAGAGUCCAAGCGUCCUGCGGGUAAAGACCCCUCCAGGUGGGGGGUGGAGGAAGUCGUCUGGUUCAUCAAAGAUGCUGACCCCCAGGCCCUGGGCCCCCACGCUGAAGCCUUCAGGAAGCAUGAGAUAGACGGAGACGCUCUGCUCUUGCUGAAAAGUGAGAUGAUGAUGAAGUAUCUAGGACUGAAGCUGGGACCUGCGCUCAAACUCUGUUACCACAUAGACCGGCUGAAACAGAAUCGGUUGUGAUUUGCUGCUGAGGAGCCAAACUCCUGGUCACAUCACUCUGAACUGUAUCUGACGAUUCUCAUAAACGUUCUCUACCUUCAGCAAUACAUCAUGGACGCCUUUGGAUCCUGGUUUUCUGUUGAAACAUUUGACAUGUUGACUGUACAUUUAAGGACUAUUUGAAAACAUGAUUUAAUAUCCACCAUUGUUGAUCAGGUUUCUAAACGUAUUGUAAAUAUUUUGGCUCUACGAAGAUUGGAAGCUACUGUAUAUAAAAACCCUUCCACAUCUGACCAUCAACAGCAUGAACACCUCUGAAAACCUUCUGAGACAGGCAGCUGUACAUCCUGUUUGGUGCUUUACCUCCAUAUCGUUUUGAACUUGAAGAAGUCUUUGGGUUAAGGCACAAUGCUGCUGCAUUUUUUAAAUAAUUGUGGUCGUUUUGUUCUAAACUGUUGUAAAUAUUGACAAACGACACAAACUGUAAUUUCUCAAACUCUUCAGCAAGCAUUAACAUCUUUUGAACUUUUUAUAAAUACUAAAGAAGUGAGAAGGGAAACAAAGGGUAACGAAGAAAAGUUUACCACACACCACAGCGUAACUGUGAAGCGACAACGUCAAAAAGGUGCAGCGUUCAUAGUGAGAGGAAGGAAAGCAGACACGUUAUUCACGUUGUUCUCAUCAAUUGUACAUCAUGUUACUGUGGCAAAAACCUACUUGUAGCAAAAAACUCAUAGAGUGCAACUUGGUGCUUCCCGAGAUCUCACUUAACAAUAACAUUACUCUCCUCAGAUAAUGAAAACACAACCUCAAUCCUUUUUUUCCGUUUGGUUCUUUAAAAACAAAACCAGGAGUAUUCAGUCAGUAUUCAAAGAUUACAAACUGUUAAAUUAACUAUCUUGAGCAUUAUUAUUUACAUUUUUGCAGCCCCGAUACAGCUUUGCUGUAAUACAUUGUAUAGACAUCAACCUGUAUUCACACAUGCAGUUUAUGACACACUUUUACAACUCUUGAGGUUUAAACACAAUGUUUUUUUUCUAACUGUACAGUACUUGUUAAUAUUUGCAAUCUAUGGUGUUUUAUGUGUAUUCCUUAAACAAAAUAACAAACAAAUGUUACAGCCACAUUUAUUAUGUCUAUGUAUGAGUUAUGUAUUGUAACGACUGAGGGAGCUAGGUGAUGCAUUCAACUUUCACAUUCAUUUUUCCAAUUUACCUUUUAAAAUCUGAAAACUUAAUGUAAUUGGAUCCAAGGAAACAAGCCAAUUUGGUUGUCUCAGGCUUAUUUACCCACAUAAACCAUUUGAAAUGUACAACAAAUAUUUAUUACACCACAUCCUUAACCAAUGUAAAUGACUUUUUGACUCCCUAAUGACCUUCCUUUUCUUUUUAAUGUUUUUUUAUUGAAUACUUUUUCCAAAGAAAA